AAAAUUAGCGAUAAAAUCAGUAAAUUCCUCCUUUAACGUGAACAAACGACAGUCCUUUCUGUGCUGCUGUGUCCUUUGUCUCUCCGUGUCCCGUCCUCUCCCCCGUGUGUCCAUCUGUGGAGCUGGCAUCCCUCCCUUUCUCUCCGUCUCCUCCCACCGCGGUCGGUCGGACGUUAACUGAGCCCCGCUGCCUCCGGCGAACACUCGUCGUCGUCAGCCAUGUUGUUGGUGUGACACACGGAGCUGUCAGCAACAGGUUCCCAGAGUUCGCCAGCGUGGGUAAAACUCACCAGCCUCGACUCUCCGUGGACGGUGAACUUGACAGCGUGUUCGAGGAAGCGUCCAGAAGUGUUGAGGGAUACUUUUGAGGCGGCUCGGAAGUUGGUGUUUUCUCUGGUUUGACCGUGGGAGAGAAAGAUGGCCGUGAGCUGUAGCUGAGGACGCCACUGGGAGUUCCCCCCUUGCAAAUAUGAAUGGUGGUUCUGCUGUUUGGGCGAUCUCCCCAGAGGAGAGGGACAAACAUGACCAGAAGUUCGACACUCUGUCCCCGUCGAUGGGAUUCAUCUCAGGAGAACAAGCCAGGAAGUUCUUCCUCCAGUCAGGACUCCCUCCCUCUGUUCUGGCUGAGAUUUGGGCUCUGGCUGACUUGAAUCGGGAUGGGAAGAUGGACAGGUUGGAGUUUUCCAUCGCUAUGAAGCUCAUAAAGCUCAAACUUCAGGGCACACAGCUUCCAUCAACGCUGCCGAUCAUCAUGAAGCAGCCACCAGCGUCGGCUAUCGCCUCAGCCAUGCCCAACCCGGCCUACGGUCUUGGUUCUGUGCCCAUGAUGGGAGGUUCAAACUUCGCCAUGUUGACCCCUCUUUCCAUGGCGUCCCCUGGACUCUCACCUUUGACACCAAUGACCGGCCUCAGCCCGAUGGUUCCCACAUCAGCAGGGAUGAACCCACUAAUCGCCUCCACCGCCACCAGGCCUCUGAUGCCCACGGUGGGGAACACAGGGUUGCCCAACGGCACCAUGGGAAUGCUCCAGCCGAUGCUUGCUGGAGGUUUGAACACCGGCUUGCCUCUUGGAACUUCCUAUGCCUCUCCGGGAGGACUUUCCUCUUCUCUGCUGGAUCUGGGAUUUGGAAGCUCUGCCUCCUCUCCCAUGGCUGCUGUUCCCAGUGACUGGGCUGUGCCGCAUCCCUCCAGACUGAAGUACAGGCAGCACUUCAACAUCUUGGAUACACAGAUGGUUGGCUACCUUACAGGUCAACAGGUGAGAAACGCCAUGGCAGCUACGAUGCUGACACAGACGCAGCUGGCCUCCAUCUGGACUUUGUCUGAUGUGAAUAAGGAUGGAAAGUUGAACGUGGAGGAGUUUGUUCUGGCUAUGCAUCUUGUUGACAUGGCGAAGAGCGGACAACCGCUGCCACUCACCCUGCCGACCGAGUUGGUACCGCCCUCACAGAGGAGUGCAAUGAAUGGCUCCAGCUCUAACCUCUAUUCGGCGAUGAUUGACGAUCUCGAUGCAGAACCGCCACAGAAACCCAAAACUAACAUGUCAUUUGAGGAUAAGUUCAAAGCCAACAUAGAGCAGGGGAAUGCCGAGCUGGAGAAAAGACGACUGGCUCUGCUGGAGGCGGAGAGGAGGGAGCAGGAGCGGCGCGCUCAGAAAGAACGGGAGGAGCGCGAGAGGAAGGAGAGGGAGGCCCGCGAGGCGGAGGAGCGGAGGAGGAAGGAAGAGGAGCAAAGGCUGGAGCGUCAGAGGGAACUGGAGCGUCAGAGGGAACUGGAGCGACAGAUUGAACUGGAGCGUCAGAGGGAACUGGAGCGUCAGAGGGAACUGGAGCGUCAGAGGGAACUGGAGCGACAGAGGGAACUGGAGCGUCAGAGGGAACUGGAGCGUCAGAGGGAACUGGAGCGUCAGAGGGAACUGGAGCGACAGAGGGAACUGGAGAGGCAGAGGGAGGAGGAGAGGCAGAGAGAGAUAGAGAGAAAAGAGGCGGUGCAGCGGGAGCUCGAGCGACAGAGGAAGGAGGAGUUUGAGAGGAGGAAGCGCGGCGAGCUGAAGAUGAAGAAGGAGCAGGAGCAGGACGAGAUCAUCAAGCUGAAGGCCAAGAAGAGGAAUCUGGAGGUGGAGCUGGAAGCAGUGGGUAACAAACAGCGUCAGAUUUCUGACCGACUGCGGGACAUUCAGAACAACAAGAAGCUCCAGAGGUCAGAGUUCGAUCUUCUAGAUCAGAGGAAAGACACACGGCAACAGGAUCUGAAAACACUGCAAAGACAGAUAGAGGAUUUUCAGAGGAAGUUGUCCCAGCUGACUCCAGAGAAGAAACGACUGGCAGAAAAACUCCAGAAUAUGUCUCUGAAUAACCCGACUGCUUCAACCAUGUCCAACUUAAAGAUGGGAGUCACAGAGAAGAGAGGGUCAUGCAUGAAACUGAGAGACCAGCUGGACUCUCUGGAGAAAGAAACGGCUGCCAAGCUGGCUCAGAUGGACCAGUACAACAAAGACAUGCAGGAACUGAAGGAAAGCCAGAGGAAGCAGCAGGCGGCUCUGGAGAAACUGCGCAGCGCCAAAGAGGAAAAGCAGCGCGAGUUGAUUCGAAGGAAGGAGCAGGAGGAAGAGAGGAAGCGACAAGAGGAGGAAACUCAAAGGCGUAUUAAACUGGAAAAGGAGCGCCAGUGGCAGGAGAAGCUGAGGAAGGAUGAAGAAGAACGUCAGAGGAGACUUGAGGAAGAACGGGAGACCAAAAAGAGGGAGGAAGAGGAGAGGGAGAGACAGGCUCUCCUCCAGGCUGCCAGGGAGCAGGCGGAGCGAGAGCUGAGAGCGAAGGACGAGGCCGAACGGAAAAGGAGAGAAGAGGAGGAGAGGAAAAAAAGAGAGGAGGAGGAGCGCGUGAGGCAAAUAGAGAAACGCAGGCAGGAGGAGGAGAGGAGAAAACUAGAGGAAGAGAGGAGGAAACUAGAGGAGGAGAGAAAGCAGCUGGAGCAGGAGAGGAGGCAGGAAGAAAAGAGGAGAAAAGAAGAGGAGGAGAGGAAAUGCAAGGAAGAGGAGGAGCGAAGGAAGAGGGAGGAGGAUAGAAGGAGGAUGAUGGAUGAGAAGAAAGAGGAUGAGCGCCGGAGGGAGAGGGAGGAAGAGGAGAGGAGGAAACAACGAGCAGCAGAGGCGGCGCUCCGAGACGCUGAUGAGAGGAGAAAGAGAGAGCAGGAGGAGAAACGGAAGGAAGAGGAGGACAAGAGGAGAAGACUUCAGCAGGAGGAAGACAGGACGCGAAAGGAGGAAGAUCAGAGGAGAAAAGUGGAGCUGGAGGAGAAGAAGAAGAGGGAGGAGGGAUCCCGUAAGCAGCAGCCGAACGGAGGGAAGGUGGACAUCCAGGAGAAGCUGACGGCUCUGCUGAGAGGCCUGGAGGAGAGGAAGGGUGGACAGCCGAAGGCCGCGCAGCACAGGAAGUCUGCUGCCCUCACAUCCUACAAAGCACUUUACCCAUUCACCGCACGCAACAACGAAGAGCUCAGCUUUGAAGCAGACGAGGUCAUUGAGGUGGACGAGACGAUGGAGAAAGAGGAGGGCUGGCUGUACGGCAGCAAGCAGGGGAAGAUGGGAUAUUUUCCAGAAAGCUACGUUGAAAAGGUCGGCCCGUCGGAUUCAGCUAAACUCACCGCUGCUGCUCCUCAAGUGUCGAUCCAAGCGCAGCUUUCCAACGCGCUGGAAGCUGCAAAGGGACCAGGCACAAAGUCUGCCUUCACCCCAACGCAGUCUCCACACCCGGCUCCUUCUGAGACGCACGGACAGCCGGUGGUGGGGAACGUUUUGGCUCAGGCGCUCUGCUCGUGGACGGCAAAGACGGACAACCACCUGAACUUCAACAAGGAUGACGUGAUUCACGUGUUGGAGAAGCAGGAGAACUGGUGGCUGGGGGAGCUGAACGGCGAAAAGGGCUGGUUUCCCAAAACCUACGUGACGGUCCUGGGAGAAGAGGAUGGGUCAGAACCCAAGAGCUCUACCUCUGAUACAGUUGACACCCUUCAGCUUGAAGAGUAUGUGGCGCUGUACACGUACGAGUCUCCAGAGCCCGAUGAUUUGACGUUCUCAGAGGGCGACGUAAUCUUGGUGAGCCAGCGAGAAGGAGAGUGGUGGCGCGGGUCGACGGGCGAACACACGGGCGCCUUCCCCAGCAACUAUGUCAAACCCAAAGAGGCUGACACAUCAAGUGUAUCUGGAAAGAAAAAGCAAGAGAUCGCUCAGGUGACCAAAGCCUACAGCUCUUCUAGCCCGGAGCAGCUGAGUCUGGAAAGUGGUCAGCUUAUCCUCAUUUUCAGCAAGAACCCAUCUGGUUGGUGGCUCGGAGAACUUCAGGCACGCGGCAAGAGACGUCAGAAAGGCUGGUUCCCUUCCGCUCAUGUCAAAAUAUUGGGCUCCAACAGCGGAAAAUCCACUCCUGCUCAACAGCCUGUCUGCCAAGUGAUCGCCGUAUACGACUACACAGCGGCCAACCAGGACGAGAUGAGCUUCUCUAAAGGGCAACUGAUCAAUGUUUUAGACAAGAGCAACCCCGACUGGUGGAGGGGAGAGGUUAAUGGCGUCACCGGCUUGUUCCCCUUCAAUUACGUCCAGAUGACCACGGACAAUGAACCCAGUCAAAAAUGGUGUUCAGACCCAACCAGCCUGGACUCUCUCAGCCCCCAGGAGAAGAAGAGGCAGGGCUACAUCCACGAGCUGAUAGAGGCGGAGGAGAGAUAUGUGGAGGACCUGCAGGUUGUACUGGAUGUUUUCUACAAGCCGAUGUCUGAGUCGCGGCGGCUGAAUGAUGCAGAGAUGGCCAUGAUCUUCGUCAACUGGAGGGAGCUUCUGGCCUGCAACAGUAAACUCGUGAAGGCUCUCCUUGGUCGGAAGAAAACCACGGGGGACAACAUGCCGGUUCAGAGGAUCGGAGACAUCCUGGCCUCUGAGUUGUCCCACAUGCAGCCUUACAUCAGCUUCUGCUCGUCCCAGUUCAACGGCGCUGCGCUGCUCCAGACCCGCACCGACAACGAGCCAGAAUUCAAGGCGUUCCUCAAGAAAAUCGCGACAGACUACAGGUGUAAAGGCAUGCCGCUGUCCAGCUUCCUGCUGAAGCCGAUGCAGCGGAUCACUCGCUACCCGCUGCACAUUAAAAACAUCCUGGAGUGCACAGCAGAGGGCCAUCCUGACCGCGGCCAGCUGAAAGAGGCUCUGGAGAAAGCGGAGGAACUCUGUCAGCAGGUGAACGAAGGCGUCAGGGAGAAGGAGAACUCUGACAGGCUGGAGUGGAUCCAGAACCACGUACAAUGUGACGGCGCUAUGGAGCAUUUGGUGUUUAACUCUCUGACAAACUGUUUGGGCCCCAGAAAACUGCUGCACAGCGGAAAGAUGUACAAGGCAAAAAGCAGCAAGGAGCUCUGGGCUUUCCUUUUCAACGACUUCCUGCUUUUAACUCAUGCUGCCAAACAGUUCACCUCUUCUGGGCCUGACAAGUUGUUCAGCAAGAGGAACAACGUCCAGCUCAAGAUGUACAAACCACCUGUUCUGCUGAACGAGGUUCUGGUGAAGCUUCCGGAUCCCUCCAGCGACGAACCCAUCUUCCACAUCUCCCACAUCGACAAAGUAUACAUGCUGCGGACCGACAACAUCAACGAGCGGACUUCCUGGGUUCAGAAGAUAAAAGUGGCUUCGGAGGAGUUCAUCGAUACUGAGAAGAGGAAGAGGGAAAAGGUUUAUCAAGCUCGUUCUAUAAAGGGCACUGGAAUUGGCAGACUCCUCGUCACCAUCCUGGAAGCCACCGAGCUCAAAGCAGCAAAACCCAACGGUAAAAGCAACCCGUACUGCGAGGUGACCAUGGGCGCUCAGACUUUCACGUCCAGGACGAUCAACGACACCCUGAACCCAAAAUGGAGCUUCAACUGUCAGUUCCACAUCAGAGAUCUCUACCAAGACGUCCUCUGCAUCACCAUCUCUGAAAGAGACCAGUUUUCACCAGAUGGGUUCCUUGGGCGGACGGAGGUUCCCGUGGCAACCAUCAAGAAGGAGCUAGAGAACAAGGGACCGGUGACGCGGCGUCUUCUUCUGCACGAAGUCCCGACCGGGGAGGUGUGGGUCCGACUCGACCUGCAGCUUUUCAAAUAGCAAAGGGACGCAAAGAAGAACUGUCCUUCUCAGAAACUUACCAAAGACGACAAAAAGCAGAAAAGCCCUGGACUGGUUUAUAUACAACGCCUUAAAAAUGCAAAACUAACCUGAACUAAUACCUCUGAUGCUGCCGCCCAGUCCUCUGGAUCGGCCGUCAUCUGUAUCCAGCAAAAAUAGGAGUUUUUGUUUCUACUUUUCCUCCUGAUUAAGGAAAGCAAGAGUUUCUAUCAAGCAAAUGCUUCCUAAUCAGAGGACAACCUUUUGUUUUAUUUUUUUAAACGGUUAAAUCAGUGAAAUUACCUGUAAUUUUUUUACUUCUCUGUUACAAAAGUCGGGUUUUAUUCUCCCUUUGCCAAAUCUUCUCAUCCGAUUCCAGCCAUUGAGUUUAUGAUCAAGUAGUUUUAUUCCAGCUGUCAGGUCACUAGUAUGUUAAAGUUUUAAUAUUUUAUUUUUUUCCUGAGGAGAAGCCGACUCUCGCUGUUCGACUCGUCUUCAUCAGAAGCGUCACAAACGACUGACGACAGAUGACGGACGGCAGCGUGAAACGCCUCUGACAGCGGGGCGAGAAAUUUCAGUUUGUCGCUCUCUUCUCCUCUGGGUUUACUAAAGUAGGCAGAAGAUCUCAGGACUCGAUGUUUUGAGGUCAUUUCCUGUUUUCUGGGGUGUUUCUAUCAACAUAUGUGUGAAGUUUAAGGAUUCCCACGUGGGGAGAAGUUGAUGAAACAAUGAUGGAGGCUUUGAUUUUUGGAGUUAAUUUAGAGAAAUGUCACUUUAAGACUUGAGUUGUUCAGAUAGGAUCAUUCUUCUUUGCUUUUUUCAAUCAAAGCCAAAUAACUUUAAUGAAUUCAUAAGACGCCGACCUCUUCCUGUGUUACUCUUACAGAUUCGGGAUUUAAGGAGGAUAACAGUUUAAGGUGGCACAAAUGAAUUAUUACUAAUUGAUCCCUCUGCUCCUGUUUAAACGUCUGUGGCUUCAGGAGUCAAAUUCAGCAAUCAUUCUACAGUCUAUGGAAGCCCUGUAGGGACAUUUGUAUGUUUUUAGGGCUCUGACCAGAUUUUUCUUUUCUUCUCGUUAUCAGCCAGUGUGAAAAAAAAACAACUGUUUUGGUUGCAAUAUUUUUAUUAUUUUUCUGUUUAGAAAAGAAAUUAUAAUUUAUUCUAAUUAUAAUUUAUAAUUAGAAUUAAAGUAAUUAUACAUUAGAAUAAUCUAUAGCAAUUCUAAUUUAUAGAAUAAUUGUAUUCUAUAAAUAUACCAUCCUUAUCGUUGAUUGUAAAUCUAAAUUUAAAUUGGAAUGAAUCACAAAUAAGGAUAAUUAAUACUCUUAUUAUAAAUGAGUGGAAGCUAUUAUUCUUACCAUAAUUGAUACUAGUAAUACUGGCAUUAAUGUAUUAUUAUUGAGGAUAAUUGAUCCUGUUUACAUAAUCAGUGAUAACUUUGUACAAUAUUACUGAUGGGAUUUAAUACUAUUAAUAAUAAUAUAAUAAUACAUUCUGUAAAAGCAAAUAAAGAAUAAAAAAAAUUAGAUCAGCUCUUAAAAAUAAAAAAAGAGAAAUUGUAACUAUUAAAGUCAAACACAAAAGGAAAAAUGCCCAGACAUAAUUAUUAUUUGCUUUGUUUUCUCUUUUGAUCAAAGCUCACUUUAUUUCAUUCAAAUAAAAAAAAAUUUCCUUUCAUAAAUGCUUUUCUUAUUUGGACUCAUAAAGUUAGAAGAAAAAACUCAAUUAGAAUCAACUAAAUUGAUCACCCUUCAGGUCUUCCAUACAUUUGCCUUGAUUUAUUUUCUCCUAAAUACAAACAGACUUUUUAUUUAUUUCUUUAUUUAUGCGCGGGACUAUCUGGAGGCCUUUUCUGCACCGUCAGCUGGUUCGAGUUGAUGAAACCUGUUGAUGCUGUUUUAUCUGGUAGAAGUCUGACCUGCUGCAUGUUGUUCUUUCAGUUUUGUCCCGUCCAGUCGGUUUGUUUUAAAGUGUCGUAUUAACAGAUGUUUUUCGAACUCCUAGAAAAUGUGUUACUUGACGUGAUUAUGUCUUAUCUGUAUAUUGGUGGUAAAGUUGUCCAGAGUUGUAGUUUUUAUUUUCUGUUUAGUCUGCGAUGGCUGCCGCAGUGACUCACUAACACAGUGUUUUGGCCUUCACACGACACUGAAUCAGGUUUUUAGAAGGCAGAAUAAAGACAUUAAAGCUGAUAAAA